AUGCUAAUUCGUUCUCGUCUCGAUGACCAGCCCCCCAAAGCCAAAGCCGGUUCUCGCAAGAAGCCCGCACCCGCACCAGGUGCUGCUGGCAAAGCCGCAAAAAUCACGAAAAAUCCUCUCUUCGAGGCAAAGCCCAAGAACUUUGGCAUUGGUCAACACAUUCGUCCUAAGACCGAUCUCACUCGCUUCGUCAAGUGGCCCGAGUACAUUCGCCUCCAACGCCAGAAGGUCAUCCUUUCUCAACGCUUGAAGGUUCCUCCCGCCAUUGCCCAGUUCUCCCACACUCUGGACAAGAACACUGCUACACAGCUUUUCAAGCUACUCAACAAGUACCGCCCAGAGAGCAAGGUCGAGAAGAAGGAGCGUCUCGAGGCUCUAGCCAAAGCUGCCGCUGAGGAAAAGGAACCUGCCAAGGACAAGAAGCCUCUUUUCGUCAAGUACGGUUUGAACCACUGUGUUGCCCUCAUUGAGGCAAAGAAGGCGUCGCUCGUCAUCAUUGCCCACGAUGUCGACCCGAUUGAGUUGGUCGUCUUUCUUCCUGCGCUUUGCCGCAAGAUGGGUGUCCCCUAUGUCAUCGUCAAGAGUAAAGCCCGUCUCGGCACUGUCGUCCACAAGAAGACCGCCGCCGUUCUCACUCUCCAAGAUGUCAAGAGCGAGGAUCAGCGCGAGCUUGCAACUCUCGUCAGCACCGCCAAGCUCAACUUCACUGACAAGUACGAAGAGCAGCGCCGUCACUGGGGUGGUGGUCUCCGUGGAUACAAAUCCACUCAAAUGAUGCGCAAGCGUGCAAAGGCUGCUGGUCAGGACUCCAAGGCUGCUGCUCUUGGUAAGCUGUAAGCUUUGUGCCCCUUGUCGUUUAUCGUCGCCACUUUAUGCUAUACCUGUUAUAUGAAUAUGGUAUGCAUCAUACACAUGGGUUAUCCCAAGUUACUACUGUGUGGAGGCCAGGGCAUAUUACGCCAGGUCGUAUACUGUAUGCAUGUUCCGCCGUCAGAUGUAACAUGAUUGUUUUGGAUUCCUUGUCGAAAUCUGCGUAAUCAAUAUGCAGGAUGGCAGAUGACAUGUGGAGCUACUGACAGCCUGAGUUCUGAGCUCCGAGCUCCGAUAUCAUUUGUGUUGUGUGAUUGCACUCAAUUUGCUGCUAGUAUAGGCGAACUAUGCAUGGUGAAUGGAUGAACUGGGACAAGGGAAUGAGUGUGAGAAGCGUGUAGUCUAGACAAAGCUCCUGAUGAGUACAAAGGGUCCCUUCGUGCCCAUCAGCUCCACUGAAAGCAUAAUAAACACGACCUAAAAACAUGCAAUCAUCCUGUUACGAA